AUGUCCGAGAAUAAUUUAUUUCAGUUCGCUCAAGUAAUAGCUGAAUUGCCCAUUCAAAACUCGCCUCAACCAUCGACAUCUCAACCGCCGCCAUCGCAUCAUCCUCAACAACAGCACCAGCAACACUCAGAUACCAUCCACAACUACAAUGCGAGAUAUUUGCGUAUACGAAAAAAUGCUUGUGUCGUAUGCAGCGUGUGUUUCACUUGUUCAAAAUAUUAUGGGGUCGAUUGUACAUGUCCAGAAGUUCAGCCAAGAAGAGGCAAAAACUUGCCUGAAGGGGGAUUGGAUUCGAGGGCAAAGAAAUUGCAUCGCAAUGAUCCAGACGAUUUCGAAUUCUCAAUAAAUUGGAUCAACGAAAAUGCACACACCAUGUACAAAGAUGAGAAUGAUCGAGUGAUCGGUCUGAGAGAGUUGUCUGAAGUGUCACUCUGUAAAGCACAUUCCAGUACGCUUUACAGAGCAAAGAAGCGACAUGAACGGAACAGGGACAUGAUUCAUGCUGCUCCUCCUUCUCCAGCCGAUUCAGCAGCAAACGAUCAUAUCCAGCCUUCGCCAUACAUGAAUCCAUAUCCAUUAAAUCAGUCUAUCGGCUCAGGUGGCCUAGCUGCCAAAGUGAGAGAAAUCAGUUCUUCAAGUCAAUACCACCAUCACUAUCCACCACCACCUGCACCAUCUCAUCAACAACAGCAUCAGCCUCAAAUGUUACGCAUGCACGAUGUACCCGAUUUCACGAGAUUGUCACACUCUACUUCAAUGAAAAGAAAAAGAACAUUCAAGCAUGCUACUAAAUCACCCAAGAUGGAGUCUCAACCUCAACAACCACAACAGCAGCCGCACCAACAGAGGCCUCAUCACAGUGUAUCAACACCUCUUUUUACUAGCUCCUCUCGUAUGAACAACUUUCUCCAACAACACUCAUUUACCCCUAGUACCUCUACUUCAAAUGUACCUGCCAUGCCUCAAGGUUUUCAACAGCAUGUUCAACAACAACAACAGCAACAGCAACAGCAACAGCAACAACAACAACAUCAUCAGCAACAGCAAAUUAUACAUGUACCGCAACAACAUGUCCAUGUACAGACACCUCAACUAGUUGAUAAUUUCCCUUCCCAAUUACCCCCUCUUCAAACUCGUAACCAUCAUGAGCCGAUUGAUCCUUUACCCACAUCCUCAUCUUCUUUGCAUGCUCAACAACAGCAACAACAGCAACAGGCCCAGUCGAAUCAGCAACAGCCACCGUCUCAAGCUCAGGUAUAUCCUCAUGACACAAUCAUGACAAGCCCUCGACCUGAAGAAGCCGUUGCCCCCCCUCCCAUGGUAAUCGAAACGGUAUCUUUGCGUCCUCUAUCUACAUCCAGUGAGGUCCCCUCUCCUUAUUAUUUUCGCAAUCUAGCCAUCACAGAUUCAUUCACGUUUCGUGAUUUACUAGCAGAGAUAGACAUGACAGGUUCACCUCCUCCUGGAAAACGUAUCGUUAUAUCCGAUUCUGAGAAAUUUUACCCGCUAGAUCAAGCUAUCCGUAAUGUCAUCAGAAGACCCAAUUCCACGCAUCUGGAAUUGUGCCUGGGUUUGACAGAUAAAGUCUCUAUUGAUUGGAAUACAAUUUCUUCAUGA